GAAGUCUCCUGGAACUGGGGAAAUGGCAAGCCGGGUGGUGAAGUCGCUGAAGUUGCUGACAAGGGUGAAAUUGCCAUCGAGUCGCACCGUGGUAACACAAUCAAGAAGAACGCUGAGCCAGACAAUCCAGCUGUCCAUAUCGCUCGUCCUGGUAACGAUGUUGUCAAGCGUGCCAAUGAAUUGAACCUCGAAGAGAAAGCAAAU